CUUCUUGGUGCCCAUCGUUUUUUCUUCCAUCUUUAAGCAAGCUAAGGUACCCUAUUUCUGUUGUACUAAUUGGGACUACUGUAUCGUCUUCUGGUCUUCAUUGAGUAAAAAAGUUUCAAUCUUUUCAUAGGCCGGGCUAGUUUCCACCCCACGAUCGUGCUUUGGUUUGUGGUAUGGAUUGGCUGUCCAAGAUUUUCGAAGGUCCAAGCUAUGAGGGCAAUCAUGGGUUCUGGGACGGGCAAUUUCAUGGGAAAUAUGAAGAUGACACUCAUGCUUGGCAAGGGACUACAGCUUCAGUGGAUACACAGCCGGAUUUUGAUAGUGAAGAAAUAGAUCGUGCCAUUGCACUUUCUAUCGCAGAAGAAGAUCAUAAAGGGAAAAAAGUAGUUGAUACCAAUCCCAGUGUGGAGGAAGAUGAACAGCUCGCCAAGGCUCUUCAGGAAAGUUUAAAUGUGGGAUCUCCACCAGAGUAUAAUGAUUAUGGAAAUUUGUUUUCCCCAUAUCCAUACUUCGAUCUACCUGGGUACAGGAUCUGUGCUGGUUGCAAUGCUGAAAUUGGUCGUGAACGGUUUUUGACCUGCAUUGGAGUUUUGUGGCAUCCUGAAUGCUUCCGAUGCCAUGUUUGCAAUCUUCCAAUUUCUGACCACGAGUUUUCAGUGUCUGAGAAUCGGCCAUACCACAAAUCUUGCUACGAGAAAAACUGUCGCCCGAAAUGUGAUGUUUGCUACAACUUUAUUCCUACAAAUGCGGCUGGUCUCAUUGAAUAUCGAGCACAUCCUUUCUGGCUUCAAAAGUACUGCCCAUCACACAGGCAUGAUGGGACUCCCCGCUGCUGCAGCUGUGAGAGAAUGGAGCCAGUAGACACCAGAUAUAUGACGCUUGAUGAUGGGAGGAAGCUGUGUCUCGAGUGUCUGGAUUCUGCGAUAUUGGAUACUUUUGAGUGCCAGCCACUUUAUAUUGAAAUUCAAGAAUUCUACGAGGGACUAAACAUGAAAGUAAAGCAGCAAAUCCCAUUGCUCUUAGUUGAGAGGCAAGCGCUAAAUGAAGCCAUGGAAGGAGAAAAGAAUGGAAAUCAUAACAUGCCCGAGACUAGAGGAGUUUGCUUGUCAGAGGAACGAACAGUUAGAACUAUUUCAAAGCGGCCAACAAUGGGAGGUUUUCGAAUCAUAGAUAUGUUCACGGAGCCAUAUAGGCUAAUUCGCCAAUGUGAAGUGACAGCAAUUCUCAUCUUAUACGGUCUUCCAAGGUUAUUGACUGGUUCUAUCCUGGUACAUGAGAUGAUGCAUGCAUGGUUGCGGCUUCAAGGUUAUCCCAAUCUUAGCCCAGAAGUCGAAGAAGGUAUCUGCCAAGUCCUAGCUCACAUGUGGUUGGAUUCUGAAAUUUUAGCCGGUUCUGGUAGUAGUUCUGAUUCAACUUCAUCUUCGUCAUCGCCAUCUUCAAAGAAGGGAAAGCGGUCUCAGUUUGAGAAAAAACUCGGUGAAUUUUUCAAGCACCAGAUAGAAACAGAUGGCUCUGUGGCUUAUGGUGAUGGGUUCAGAGAAGGUAACAAGGCUGUGCUGAAAUAUGGCCUAAGGAGUACACUUGAGCACAUCCGGUUAACCGGAACCUUCCCCUGCUAAGGCUCCUCUCUUCCACCAUUAAUACAUUAAAGCAUUUAUACUACAUUCAUACAUCCAUUGCAUCCAAAUACAAAAAUAAACUUGCUAUUAAGCGCAUAAUAUCUGCAGUACUGUAAUCAUUUGCAGUCUUUCUGGUUUCAAGUUUUCAACUUGCUUAUAGUUGGGUUUUGUAUAUCUUCAUAUGAGAACACUAGUGUAUACAGUUUUUAGACCCCUAUUUCCAAUAAAAUUUUGAUUAGCUGUGGCCCAAGCAGUGAUUCCAUGUUGAA